GACUCGGAGUCGCUGGACGGCUGCAUUCAGAGUACGUUAUCAGCACUCUACCCUCCGUUUGAGGUUCAGUACUGUGGCUUGCUGUUUCGCCAUGAGGGCUGGCCCCUGUGUAUUCACGAGAAGAUUGUAGUCCAGUUGGCUUCCGUUGACUGGCGAAUCUUGAAGCCUGGUGACUUCUACCUGCAGGUGGUCCCCUAUCUCAAGAAGUCUCCACGAAUUGUAUUGAAAUGUUUGGCGAAAGACAAGCAUAAUGUAGAGGAAGUCGUGAUUCCAGAAGUUUCCUAUACCUCUAUUUUUACUCUGGAAUGGUUGAGUACUAUCAAUGGAGAGCGGAUGGGUAUAGCACUGGAAAAUUGUUUACUAACCACUGAUGAUAAAAUAUUUCGUGUCCCCUGGGACAAAGUGGUUAAUCCUGAAUUUAUAAAUAAACCAAAAAUAAUUGAGAACGAUAUCAUCUCUCCAGAAAUAACAGAGGAACCUUCAAUUUUGUGCCUCCCCAUGGACCAUGCUGAGUGCAAUUCACCAGACCUAGCAUCUCAGUAUCUACAGGAACAAAGUCCAAAUCGAGACAACCUCGUCAGCAGCAGCACAGCUCCGCAGUCGAGUGAAGCUCUUGUCAAUGGUGUGUGUACAAGUCCCGUGCCUCAAGAGAACUUGAAAAGUGACCUUGAAGGGGAGUACGUUGAGUUGACAGAAGUUUCACUGCCCAGGUUUGGACCACAAACAGGCUCUUUAACCCAAUCACUAGCUUUAAAUUAUCUAACUCAGCCCAGAACACGAGUGAAUGUGUCUAAAGGCAAGCACAGGUUUAUUGUCAUUCAAGACAGCACCUACUCCAAGAACUUCGUUCAGUCAGCACUUAUGCAGAAGGAGCACUGUCAAAUGGACACUCUGAAGACUUCUUCUACAGAAGUUCUCAAAAAUUUUGAACUUCUCACCUCCAUGAAGUCCCUCCAUAAGCACAUAGACAGCUCACAGCUGCCUCUAGAGCUGGAUGGGACCUUCCCUUAUUGCCACCGGGACUGGUUAAGCUUUCGCAUGGAGGCAGCUGUGCUGCUGAGGAAUUACAGACAGUUGAUGAAGAACGUUCUUGAAGAUGCGCGGCUGGUCAGGCUGCAGCUGGAGGGUGGAGCGCUCCUGGCCAGACUCAGGAAGGAGGAAUCUUGUGUCACACUCACCCAUGACUACAG